UUAUCUUGUCCCUCGGCCAAUUUACCCCAAGUAAACCCUCGCCGUCCCGUCUCGGGUCGGGGUACAUACAGUUCCGCACCCCCGCUCUUCCCGACGCUAGGAAUCGACCAAGUCGGUCUUUGUCUUCCUUUACAUACAUACAAUAGCCAGCCAUAUCUCGAGUUGACGCUGUGCCCCUAUUCUAACGACCUUAUUUGGGGGUUUGGCAAGAAAACGAUAACUGCGCUCAAGCCAUUCAUCUCGCUAUGGCUAGUCCAGCUCCUCAGCGCCGGUUUCAAAACCCAGCUCUCUUUAUCUGCGACAUUCAGGAAAAGUUCCGUAGCGCCAUCUUUGAGUUUGACAAGGUCGUGCUCACCACGAGCAAGAUGCUGCGGGCGUGCGCGGCGCUGCAGAUCCCAGUGUACGUGACGACGCAGAACCGGGCGCGGCUGGGCGACACGGUGGCCGAGCUGCAGGCGCAGCUGCAAGAGGGAGGCGGCAGACUGGUGCGGGCCAACACGGACAAGACGCGGUUCAGCAUGUGGAUUCCGGCCGUGACGUCGCAGCUGGCAGAGACAGAGACAAAAAAGAAGAGCGAGAUUGUUAUCGUCGGUAUCGAGGCGCACAUCUGCGUGACGCAGACGGCGCUGGACGCGCUGGCGGCGGGCUACAGUGUCUACGUGCUGGCGGACGGGGUCAGCAGUUGCAACCGCGACGAGGUCGGCGUGGCGCUGGCGCGGCUGCGGGCGGCGGGCGCCGUGGUGACGACGAGCGAGAGCUGGAUCUACGAGUGCCUGGGCGACGCGGCGGCGGCCGAGUUCAAGACUAUUGUGGGCUUGGUUAAGGAGACGGGACGCGACACUAAGGCCGCCCUUGAGGGCCUGUUGUCGCCUAGGAUUUAACACCUUCGUAUCAGGGGUUAUGUGGCCCUCGAUUUUAUAUAGGCAGGCAACUCCAAGCACUGGGUAGCAAGCCAGAUGAGCCGAAACGCCAAAAUAAGAGGCACGCUAGUCUAAUGCCGCCAACGAUGAUGAGACUGAACCCUAUGGGUUGGACGACGGCAUCCGGUUAGAUUAGAUGAUAACUGCUGAAUAUCUAUAUGUUCGU